UUGAUCAAAGGAUGGAAUCAUUGCCUCGAGGUCACUGUCUUGCUUGUCGUCCUAGCCACCUCGUCACGUCGGACACACAACCGUGACUUUGGUGCCACCGUCCCAUCACCACCUCUUGACGUUGGGUUGUUGCAGCCCACCGGAGAGACAUGCCGUCAUUGACUUAGUCGCCGCAAGUCACCGCCGUCAAGACCCGUGCAAGUAAAUCAUGAUCUCAUCACUUGCUUGCCCACCAAGUUUCUUAAGUUUGAUUGUUCACUUGUACCAAUUUCUGAGCCAACGUCAUGAGCCGUGAACCCAUGCGUAAAGGUUUAAGUGACUUUGUUUAUUUCUUGAGCAGGAAGUUACUGUAAACCCUAGCCCUAACUGUCUCUUUUUGUUUCUUUUUCCGAUCGUUUCCUUUAUGCGCUAAGGUGAAGCCGGUCUAAGCCUUUCCAAUCAUUGGUUUCUUUUAUGUUUCCGGUUCUCCGAUAUUGGCUAAGGUGAGACCGACGGGCAGGAGUGAUUACUAUCGGAUUGGUGCUUUGGGAGUUUUAUUUCUUUCUUUUUCAAACUUGCGGAUUUUAUGCUUUUAUCGAUAUUCUCGAGAUUUAUUAUGUUAUUUGGAUUUAUGGCUAUUUAUUGGAUUUACGACUUUGGAGUUGAACUUUUGAGAAGUAAUAAAUGGAGAUUUCAGAAUUUUAUUUGUUUAUUUUAUUUUGGAAAAUACGGGUGUUACAAUUUGGUAUCAGAGCGGGGUUCCGUCCCGGCUCUGACCCGGGAUGGCGAUUUAUGGGACUCGGAUUUCAACAAUUUUCAAUGUUUUGGGAUUGAGAGUUAAAAAAAAAAAAAAAAAAGGUGACACCCUUUUGUCCAGUAUCAUUUGGUUAGUUGUUAGCGUUACUAACUCUUUUAUUUUUGCAAGAGAAUACCAAGUUUCAAUUUGUUUUGUUGUUUGCUUUAUCUUGUGUUCUUCUUUCUUUCAUAGCCGUUGAAGUUCUUUCCCGGUUCUUCAUGGAAUUCGGGGCGAAUUCCGGUUAAGUGGGGAAGAAUUGUAACGACCGUGACCCGAUAAUCCGGUUUUAAUAAAUAAUGGUUUGGUUUAGUUUUAAUUAUUUCUUGAACAAAACCCUUAGUAAACCAAUUAUUUUACCUAACUAUAUAAUUGUCUUAUUCUUCCUAAACGUGAGCCGCCAGCACUCUUCUCCACACCACCUUCUUCUUCUUCUUCCUAAUUCAUGAUCUCCAUGUUCCCUUCUCUCCAUUUUAUUCUUCUCUUGAUGUUGAUAUUGAUGUUGAUCAAAGGAUGGAAUCAUUGCCUCGAGGUCACUGUCUUGCUUGUCGUCCUAGCCACCUCGUCACGUCGGACACACAACCGUGACUUUGGUGCCACCGUCCCAUCACCACCUCUUGACGUUGGGUUGUUGCAGCCCACCGGAGAGACAUGCCGUCAUUGACUUAGUCGCCGCAAGUCACCGCCGUCAAGACCCGUGCAAGUAAAUCAUGAUCUCAUCACUUGCUUGCCCACCAAGUUUCUUAAGUUUGAUUGUUCACUUGUACCAAUUUCUGAGCCAACGUCAUGAGCCGUGAACCCAUGCGUAAAGGUUUAAGUGACUUUGUUUAUUUCUUGAGCAGGAAGUUACUGUAAACCCUAGCCCUAACUGUCUCUUUUUGUUUCUUUUUCCGAUCGUUUCCUUUAUGCGCUAAGGUGAAGCCGGUCUAAGCCUUUCCAAUCAUUGGUUUCUUUUAUGUUUCCGGUUCUCCGAUAUUGGCUAAGGUUCCUUCAGCCAGACACAAAGUCAUACAUAAACCAAGUGAAGAAAUGUCAAUGCUCCAUAAAUAACCAUGAAGAAGCAAACAAUGGCAGACAAAGACCAUGACGAUCCUUGUCCACUAUGAUAUACAGUAAAAGGCUUUAAAAAUCUGCCCCCCGUUAAGAUAGUGAAUUCAUAAGAGGAAGUAGCAGGCAAAAUAGCAUUUUUCACAGAAAACUCUGAUGCAGGCUGGAGUACCAGAAGAAGAGGUCUAGACUCUCUUCCGCUGCUGCCAAGCCUUCCCUUACUGCUUAAAAAGCUUGAGAAUCACAUUUCUAGUUUUUGUUUUACUUUCUUUUGGCUUCACCGGCAUUCAAGACAAGUCAGUUAGAGUCCAAAGUUCAGUUGUCGUUUUAAUCCAUGACAAGGGUGACUUAUGUUUUAAGUUUUUUUAGUAGUUGGAAACACAUUUUAAACUCGAUUUUUGUGUCUCCUUUCGUAUUUAUGAUAAAGACAUUACUUAUACAUAGUUUCAAAGGCUGGUCUUGGGCCAAGCCUAACAAAACAUUUGUUUCGGACACCCACAAAUGUUGAAAAAAUUUCUAUAUAUAUCUAAAUUUGUAAAAAAUAAUUUUUAGACUUUUAAAUUAUUGAAAUCUUGAUUAAAUCAUCUAAGGCCUUCAAAAUUUCAGGGCCGGGCAUAGUUUGUAUAUAUCAAUAGACCAAAGACAUGAUACUUUAAACACAAUACAAGAACCGGUGUGGAUAUUGAUAAAAAAAAUGCUAUAAACUGAAUCUAGGUAGGCAUUAUCUUUUGUAAUGAUUUGAAUUACAGCUUACAAUUAAUAUUUCUCUUUAGUUUAGGAAAUUGUGCAAAAAAUUUAAGUCUCUCUGAGUUCAUUUAUUGUGAGAAAGAAGAAAAUGAACCGGUGAAAUACGAAGAGACAACAACAAUCUUCCUUUGUACUAUCUUGUAACUUGGGUUUGUUGAAGUGAUCUGAAAUGGUGAAUGCAUCACUCUUAUCUCCGGCAACCCCACACUUCUUCCAGCCGCUUCUUUCCGGUUCCAAGAGUCACCUGAAUAUUCCUGUGAAGUUCUUCUCCGAACACAUUGAGGGAAAACACGAGGGCAAGACGGUCAUGUUGAGAUCUGAUGCCUCGGAGAAAACAUGGAAAGUGAAGAUGGAAGGCCAAAGACUCACUCAAGGCUGGAAGGAGUUCGUUGAGGAACAUGUUCUUCGAGUCGGUGACUUUGUCGUUUUUAGACUCGAACGAGACAUGUUGUUCAAUGUCACUGCUUUAGGAUCCAGCAACUGUGAGAUCCAAUACACACCCUCUGGUAGUCGCCGCCAAGAAGAGGAAGAAGAGAGUGUUGAAACAGAAAAAGAAAUCAAGAAGAAUCUGACAAGGUUUGUGACUUUAACUCCUACGUCAAGCAGUUUUGAGACCGGUAAACAGCAUUUACCAGCAAGUUUCACGAGAGGGAACGGACUCAUCAAGCCGGGGAAAAUAAUUAUGGUAGAUAAAAAGGGUGAUGAGUGGGUGAUGGAGCUUAAGGUUGGAAAAACAAAUGUAUCUAUUAUGUACAUGUACAUUAUGAGUCGUAAUGGCUGGAGAAUCUUCUGUGGCGUGAAUGGAGUAAGAGCGGGGGAGUCUCUAACUUUGGAGUUGAUCAGAGGAGGCGAAAGUCCUAUGCUCAAGUUCUGCUCCAAGAUGGAGCAGACACCAUUUGAAGCAGAGGCUCGUGCUCACAAACGAGCUAAAUGGAGUCAGGAAAUAAGGGAGAAAACAGCUGAAGAAGGAGAACCCUCUCAUCGCGCUAGGGCAUCUAACAAAACCAAUGCAAAUAAAAAAAACUUACAGAACAAGCAAUCUUGCUCUGUCUCAGAUCAGUUGACUGAGGUGAAACAUAGCGUUGUAAGUACUAUAACUAGCAUCAGACGGUUUCGUGAAGAGCUAAAGACAAAAGAACAAGAACUAGAAGGUUCAUUGCAGGAAAUCAACAACUUAGAGAGGAAAAUGCAAAGGAAUCAAACAACAUCCUCAAGUAAUAACUAAGUUUAAAUGUGGAGCUGAAGAUCAUCCAGACUUUUGUAAAAUCUGUUUAAUUUGAAGUCUUUGUUUCAAAAAUGAUUGUCUCCGACUUUUUGUGCUGGAGAAUUAGACUGUAGUUUCCUAGUCCAUUAGUUUGGCUCUUGUUUCCACCGUUUAGUCCCACUGAUCUAUUAUUGUAAUAAAAAAUCAAGACUAUUAUUAUAA